GCUCUCUGCUUAUUUCGUCUGCCUGCUUCAUUUGGCACCAAUGCAGCUUGCUAUUUCGUGCAAACAGCCGACUCCGGAUCUGUUUUAUCAAAGUGAUUCAUACUGUGAUGACUAAGAAGAGAAUAAUACAGUAUAAUUAUUAGAACUAAGAGUAAGAAGCUUAGAAACUGGAGUUGUGACAUGCAGUGCAGCAGAAACUAUAUGAAGUGCCAUUAAUACAUAUCAAAUGAAUCAGUGACAUGGCUGCUGAUGACAAAUCCUCCUCCUCAACCCUGGAUUGGAGCACAGAACCGCCACUGUCGGCUCCCAGCACGUCCCACCUGACACACUUCAAGCCCCUGACACCAGAGCAGGAUGAGCCACCACUCCGCUCGGCCUACAGCUCCUUCGUCAACCUGUUUCGUUUUAACAAAGAAGAGGGCCGCCCCCCAUCGGUAGAGAAGUCAGAGGUGUCCACUCCGUCGCCACAGGGAGAGAGGAGGAGCUGGUCCAGCAGCCCCGCCCACUCUGUCCAUGGUUCCGGAACACACAGGAAGCAGCACCCAGAUGGACUACGCCGCACUUCCACAGCCUCUGUGGAUUGGCCAGAUGGCCACAGGAAAUCGGAAGCGUCCCUUGGCACUCAUGACCCUCGUACAGCUGUUCAGCUGCGGACCGCUCUGAAGAGACUGAAAGAGAUCAUGGAGGGAAAGAGCCAGGACAGCGACCUGAAGCAGUACUGGAUGCCCGACAGCCAGUGCAAGGAGUGUUACGACUGCAACGAGAAGUUCACCACCUUCCGACGGCGCCACCACUGUCGCUUGUGUGGCCAGAUCUUCUGCAGUCGCUGCUGCAACCAGGAGAUCCCGGGCAAGUUCAUGGGCUACACGGGAGACCUGCGUGCCUGUACCUACUGCCGGAAGAUCGCCAUGAGCUACGCCCACUCUGCAGACUCUGGCUGCAUCGGUGAGGACCUGAGCGCCCUGUCCGACUCGCCCUGCUCUGUGUGCGUGGAGCCCAGCGAGCCCCGCACGCCCGUGGGCGGACGCAAGGCCAGCCGCAACAUCUUCCUGGAGGAAGACCUGGCCUGGCAAAGAAAAACUCCUAUUGGGAUGAGGAAGAAUUUAAUUCACCAGGAGUCUCAGAACAGUGGUCUUAACUCCAGACUAAAUGCACUCCAAGAGGAUGUGGGCAAGUCACCAGCCAGGAAAAGGUCCGCCAGUGUGACCAACCUGUCCCUGGACCGCUCCAGCUCUUCCAUGGUGCCCUCCUAUGACAGCUCAGUAAGCCCCCAGGCCAGCCGGGCCAUGCCUGGGCUCAAGGGUGACCACGGCGAGGAGGAGAGGAAGAUCCUACUGGACUCAUCCCAGCUGAAGGACCUGUGGAAGAAGAUCUGUCACAACAACACCGGGAUGGAGUUCCAGGACCACAGGUACUGGCUGAGGACAUACCCCAACUGCAUUGUGGGAAAGGAGCUGGUCAAUUGGCUGCUGAGGAAUGGUACCAUUUCUACCAGGGCCCAGGCUAUAGCCAUAGGCCAAGCUCUGGUGGAUGGGCGCUGGCUGGACUGUGUCACUCAUCAUGACCAGCUGUUCAGAGACGAGUACGCCCUCUAUCGCGCCCUCCAGAACACCGAGUUCUCUGAGACGCCGUCACCCGACAGUGACAGCGUCAACUCCCUCGAGGGACACUCUGAGCCUUCCUGGUUCAAAGACAUCAAGUUUGAUGACAGCGACACCGAGCAGCUGGCUGAUGAGAGUGAUUACACGAUGCAGAACUCUGCCAGCCCCAGUAAGAGGACUUCAGUCAGUAGCUUCCAGUCAGCAGUGGACAGUGACUCAGCUGCAUCCAUUAACCUCAACAUGGAGCAGGACAAUGUCAACUUUCACAUCAAGAAGCAGUCCAAGUACCCCCACGUACCCCCCCACCCUGCUGAGCAGAAAGCAUCAGAGUACCUGAUCUCAGAGGACGGAGGACAGAACAUCUUAAUCAGCGAUGCCUUCAUCAAAGAGUCUCUGUUCAACCGCCGUGUGGAGGAGAAGGCCAAGGAGAUGCUGUUCACCCCUCUAGGCUGGCACCACAGCUCCCUGGACCAGCUUCGCGAGGAGAACGGAGAGAAGAAGGCUAUGGAGAGACUGCUCUCUGCCAACCAUAGCCACAUGAUGGCACUGUUGCAGCAGCUGCUCUACAGCGAGUCCCUGUCCCUGUCCUGGCGUGACAUCAUCGUGCCCGUGGUCAGGCAGGUGGUCCAGACUGUGCGGCCUGACGUACGCAGCUGUGACGACGACAUGGACAUCCGCCAGCUGGUCCACAUCAAGAAGAUUCCCGGAGGGAAGAAGUUUGACUCUGCCGUUGUCAAUGGCUUUGCAUGCACCAAGAACAUUGCCCACAAAAAGAUGAACUCCUACAUCAAGAACCCCAAGAUCCUGCUGCUGAAGUGCUCUAUAGAGUACCUCUACCGGGAAGAGACCAAGUUCACCUGCAUUGACCCCAUAGUGCUGCAGGAACGGGAGUUUCUGAAGAACUAUGUGCAGCGUAUAGCGGAUGUGCGUCCCAACCUGGUGCUGGUGGAGAAGACGGUGUCUCGCAUCGCCCAGGAAAUCCUGCUGGAGCACGGCAUUACGCUGGUCGUCAACGUCAAACCCCAAGUGUUGGACCGGGUGAGUCGAAUGACCCAGGGAGACCUGGUCAUGUCCAUGGACCAGCUGCUGACCAAGCCUCGCCUGGGCACCUGCCACAAGUUCUAUCUGCAGUCCUUCCAGCUGGCCAAUGGUUUUUCCUCCUUCCCUUCCUCCCACCAUUCAGACAACGUGAAGACGCUGAUGUUCUUCGAGGGCUGUCCUCCUCAGCUGGGCUGCACCAUCAAGCUGCGCGGGGCUUCAGAGUACGAGCUGGCCCGGGUGAAGGACAUCAUCGUGCUGAUGGUGUGUGUGGCCUACCACUCCCAACUGGAGAUCUCCUUCCUGAUGGACGAGUUUGCCAUGCCGCCAAGCCUGGGCAAAAGCAGCUCUUUCCCCUGUCUGCUGGAGAGCACCACUGCGGAGGAGGAGGAGGAGGAGGAGGAGGGACAGGGAGGAGGAGGAGGAGGAGGAGAGAAAGGAACAGGAGGAGCACUUGGAGUGGAGAUCCAGGGAAAGGGGGUCAACGGAAAUACCGUCCCCAUGGGAGGUCCCCCUGGGCAGCUGGAGGAGAAGCCUCCCUCUGGCAGGCUGCCUUGUGUCUCCGAGUCCCAUGUCAAGGACAGCGAGAGCCCUAAUGGCAACAAGAAGCAGGCUUUGUCCCCCUUGUCCUCCCAUGGGGCUGAGGGGUUGGGCUCCGCAGUAAUGAACUCCACACCCUUGUUCAACCCCUUGGCCCCUCUACCUCCCGUGUCUCCACCCUACCUCAUCGAUGACCUGGACCUGGACCCGGAGCCGCAGGAGCUGGGAGGAAAGACGGAGGUGGAGGGGUCGGCAGGCCUCUCAAGGGGGGAGUCCGGGGAGGAGAGCUCGUGCUCCGAGACGGUUCCCCGGCUCUUCAGGGACCCGCUGCAGGAUGACACCGGGCUGUUUGUCACCGAGCAGGUGGCCUCGACGGACGACCGCCUCAAGUCCAUCUCGUCGGCCUUCAAGCAGGAGCUGAAGGACAUCAUCCUCUGCAUCUCUCCUUUCAUCACCUUCAGGGAGCCCUUCCUCCUCACUCCUGCCGGCCUUCGCUGCCCCAGCAGGGACUAUUUCCCCGAGCAAGUCUACCUCUCUCCACUGCUCAACAAGGACUUCAAGGAACUGGACUGCCGCAGGAAGAGGCAGCUGCUCAAGGACUCCGCCCCGUCGUCGUUCGGGGGCGUGGCCAACGGCGGCCCUCCGCCACGGCCCGUGGAGGUUCGGCCCUCCCACCGGCUCACCAGUGCCCGCAUCGCAGAGCACCUGGGCAGCAGCCAGGACCUGGCCAAGAUGCUGGCCGACUACCGCGCCCAGGGCGGGCGCAUCCGCCAGCGGGCAGAGGUCGACCCCUUCGUGUCGUCCACCUUCAGUCGUCCACCUUCUCGUGAGCCCUCCAUCAAGGCACCCGUCAAGGCCGACAGCGAGGACGAGAAGCCGGCGGGACAGAAUGACGUGACGUGGGCCUCUAAGCCAAUGCUGGUCUCAGACCAGUGUGGUCUAUUGAUGACGAGUGGAGCCCACCACCUCAUCCCUGACCUGAGAUCUAUUGGGGAGACUCUGGACUGUCUGAACCCGGUGAACCACCAGCGGCUCUGUGUCCUCUUCAGCAGCUCUUCAGCCCAGUCCAACAAUGCCCCAAACCCCUGCGUCAGCCCCUGGAUCGUGACUAUGGAGUUCUAUGGAAAGAAUGACCUCACUCUUGGCAUAUUUCUGGAAAGAUACUGUUUCAGGCCAUCCUACCAGUGCCCCAGCAUGUUCUGUGAAACUCCCAUGGUGCACCACGUCCGACGCUUUGUCCACGGCAGCGGCUGUGUCCAGAUUGUCCUGAAGGAGCUGGACUCUCCGGUCCCUGGCUACCAGCACACCAUCCUCAACUACUCCUGGUGCCGCAUCUGCAAACAGGUGACUCCCGUGGUGCCUCUGUCCAAUGACUCGUGGUGCAUGUCCUUCGCCAAGUACUUGGAGCUGCGUUUCUAUGGCCACCAGUACAUGCGGCGGGCCAACGCCGAGCCCUGUGGCCACUUCAUCCACAAAGACUACCACCAGUACUUCUCCUACAAUCAGAUGGUGGCCUCCUUCAGCUACAUCUCAGUGAGGCUGCUGGAAAUCUGCCUUCCUCCUCCCAAGAUCUUCAUCAGGAACCAGGGGCCCUCCAAAGCCAACAUGCAACUGGACCUCAAGGACUUCACGCAAAAAGUGACCCAGGUGUACCUCGCCAUAGACGACCGCCUUACCUCCCUCAAGACCGACACCUUCAGCAAGUCAAGAGAGGAGAAGAUGGAGGACCUGUUUGCCCAGAAAGAUAUGGAGGAUGCGGAGCUCCGGGCCUGGAUAGAGAAGCUGCAGGCCCGCCUGCAGGCCUGCAGCGUGGACUCCCCCCAGCACCUGCAGACCGUCCUGGAGUCGGUGGUGCUGAAGAAGCAGAGCCUGUGUGAGACCCUGCAGUCCUGGAACACCAGGCUGCAGGAUCUGUUCCAGCAGGAGAAGGGCAGGAAGCGUCUGUCUGUCCCGCCCAGCCCCGGGAGACACAGACAGACAGAGGAAAGCAAGACAAGUGCCCUGGAGUCUUCUCCCCGGAACCCCUCUCCUGUGGUUCAGAAUGGUGAUAAAGAGGACCGUCACCUGAACACACUCCCGUCACUGUCUAGCUCCUCCUCCUUGCUGCCGUCACCAGGGGAACCAGGCUCGGAGCCACUCACCUCUGGACCCUCCUUCCCUGAACUGGACUCUGUCAGCAUCCCAGAGGACGUGUUUGAUGGACACCUGUUGGGCUCCGCUGACAGUCAAGUGAAGGAGAAGUCUACCAUGAAGGCCAUCCUUGCCAACCUGUUGCCGGGCAACAGCUACAACGGCAUUCCCUUCCCCUUCGAUCCAGACAAGCAUUAUCUGAUGUACGAACACGAGAGGGUCCCCAUUGCCGUGUGCGAGAGAGAACCCAGCUCCAUCAUCGCCUUCGCUCUCAGCUGUAAGGAGUACAAGACGUCUUUGGAUGAGCUGUCGAAGACGCCCGGGAAAGCGGGAGGAGAGGAGAGCACCCAGAACAUCACCUCUGACGGCCGGGUGAAGAACAGCCCUGCCAAGCCCAACGAGACCACCUCCUCCCAGACUGGCCGCAGCAGCUUGGAUCCUGACCCACUCAAGGAUUCUGAUGGAGGAGACAAGCACAAGAAACAGGCUGGGAACCCACACAUUGAGCUACAGUUCUCUGACGCCAACGCCAAGUUCUACUGUCGGAUUUACUACGCUGAGGAGUUCCACAAGAUGCGCGAGGAGAUCAUGGAGAGCUCGGAGGACGACUUUGUCCGCUCGCUGUCCCACUGCAUCAACUGGCAGGCCCGGGGGGGCAAGUCCGGGGCAGUCUUCUACGCAACGGAAGACGACCGCUUCAUCCUGAAGCAGAUGCCCAGGCUGGAGGUCCAGUCCUUCCUGGACUUUGCUCCUCAUUACUUCACUUACAUCACUGGAGCUGUGCAGCAGAAGCGUCCGACGGCCUUAGCCAAGAUCCUGGGUGUGUACCGAAUCGGCUACAAGAACUCCCAGAACAACACUGAGAAGAAGCUGGAUCUCCUGGUCAUGGAGAACCUGUUCUAUGGCCGCAAGAUGGCCCAGGUGUUUGACUUGAAAGGUUCCCUGAGGAACCGCAACGUGAAGACCGACUCGGGGAAGGAAAGCUGUGAGGUGGUCCUGCUGGAUGAGAACCUUCUGAAGCUGGUCCACGACAACCCUCUGUACAUCCGGGCCCACUGCAAGGCUAUCCUGAGGGCCGCCAUCCACAGCGACGCCUACUUCCUGUCCAGCCACCUGAUUAUCGACUACUCCUUGCUAGUGGGGCGCGACGACGCUACCGACCAGCUGGUGGUGGGCAUCAUAGAUUACAUCCGCACUUUCACGUGGGACAAGAAACUGGAGAUGGUGGUCAAAUCCACUGGGAUCCUUGGGGGACAAGGGAAGAUGCCCACGGUGGUGUCACCUGAACUGUACCGAGCUCGCUUCUGUGAGGCUAUGGACAAGUAUUUCCUCAUGGUGCCUGACCACUGGACUGGCCUUGGGGUCAACUGCUGAGAACCCUGGAUCUGCUCUCAUACACUAUAAAUAUGUGUCUUUUCCUUUCCCACACCCUGACACUUAAUCACAGACACUCCCUCAGAUUCACUUCCCAGUCCCCUGCUGGAGAAUCCUUGGCCCAGCGGGGGGGAUCCUCAGAAGCUCACUGAACAAUGAGUUGUUUGAUUAUUGAGUAAUGAAAGCAAGGAAAGUAUCCUUUGUCUCAGACUCACUCGUCAGUAACUGUACCCUUCUGACAGCGCUGGUUAACCUAUUACCCAGGCUCUCUUCAGUAUUCUGGAACAUCUUUUCAAAGGACAGUGAAAGAAAGCAAAUACUGGGGGAAAAAAGGAGAAUCUUAACUGGACCUAGUUUGGUGAACAAAUAAUCAAUGUAAUGUAAAAGUUUGUAAAUGUACAGAGAUUAUGUAAUUAAAGAGAAAUAACACUG